AAGCGAUAGAAUAGCACUGAAAUGAAUAAUUUAGUUUAUAAAAAAACAAAUUAAAGAAACACAGAAGAGGAAGAGCAGUAAUUUGUUGUGAAGAUCGAAGAAGAAAGCUAAUCAGAGUGGAAGUUUAGGGUUAGAGCAAAAAGAUGUGGCACGAAGCGAGAAGAUCGGAGAAAAAAGUACACGACAUGAUGGAUGCAGCUAGGAAAAGAGCCCAAAGAAGAGCUGUAUAUUUAGCUAAAAGAAGAGGCGAUCCUCAACAAUCUAUUCAGGUUAUCUCCUCGAGAUGCCGCACUUAUCGAGACGAUAGUCUCUAUCAAGCCACUCAAGAUCAGCAAGGCCUGAUUCCUUGGAACGGGAAGCAGGAUGUCUUAAUUGAUAGAUUUGAUGGACGUGCGUUGCUUGAUUUUAUUAGAGAGUCUACUGGCUCUAGACGAUUUAGGCCGCCGCAAAAAUCCGAAGAAGAAGAAGAAUUAGAAGAGUUUGUUAAUUUUGAGCGUUAUCGGGAUUUAAUUAAGCAUCGUCGUAGAGGAUUUACUGAUGAAGAAGGUCUGCAACAUGUAAAUCAAGAGAUGGAAGCUAAGAUUACUGUUCCAUUUUCCUCGGACAGUUCUACUCAGCUGGCACAAGCUCCUUCAAUCAAGGGUUCAUAUUCACAAGUGGGGUUCUCUUAUGACGGUGAUGGAAAAGAUGAAUCUCAAGUUUCCGAUGGCGAUGAUAAUGAAGAAGAAGAUGAAGAUGAUGAUGAGGAGGAGGAUUUUAAUAGUGAUGAUAGCAAUGAUGAAGGAAUGGAUAUGAUAGCAAAAGAAUUUGGAGUAAAAAGGUACGGGUGGCUUGUUUAUAUGGAUAAGAAGGCAAAAGAGGAAGAAAAAAGGCAAAAGGAAAUAAUCAAAGGCGAUCCUGCAAUUAGAAAGCUGAGUCGCAAGGAACGGAGGAAGGCUUCUCAGAUAGAAAGGGAAAGAGAGAGAGAAGCUGCCCGGAUAACAGGAACUCGAGUGCUUCAUCAUGAUCCCUACAGGGAAGCUAGACGAAGUCCUACUUAUGAAGCUUAUUCCCGUUCUAGAAGGUCAAGAUCAAGGUCACGUUCCUACUCGCCAUCACAUUCAAAGCGAUAUGGUCGUGGAGGGCAUUCUGAUGAAGUUCAUCGUAGCAAGUCAAGGACUCCUAAAAUAGAGUAUAUCACCGAGUUUGGGAGCUCUGGAGACGGGGACAAGCUGAAGCUUGAAGGAUAUUCUCCACCACCAUCUCCUCCAUUCCAAGCUGAUAUGUUGAGCCGGCCAUACUCCGGUCGCAUUCUUGAGGCACUGCAUGUUGAUCCUGCAUCUGGUGUAACCCUUGAUAAGGACAAGAGCACUAAAGUGGUGAAACCAGCAGUAAGCACCUCAUCAGCUUUAUCAAAGUUAACCAAGGCAAGUGCUUCUGGCGGACCCUCAAAGCAGCAGCCAGGGGAGAAAAAGGAAACUCCUCAGGAGAGACUUAAAAGGAUCAUGAGCAAACAGCUAAACAAACAAAUAAAAAAGGAUACUGCUGCUGAAAUGGCUAAGAAACGAGAACAGGAGCGUCAGAGGCUAGAAAAACUUGCAGAAACAAACCGAUUAAGUCGUUAUAGGCGUCGUAGCCGCAGCAGGAGCUACAGUCGUUCUCCACCUAGAAGACAUCGCCGCAGCAGAAGUCCAAGUAAAACUAGGAGUUCUCGAAGAUAUUAUUCCCGCUCCCGGUCCCACUCCCAUUCUCGAUCUCGAUCUCGAUCUCGCUCUCGCUCUUAUUCCCGCUCACCAAGGUGGGUAAGAAGUCGAUCAAGGCACUCUUAAAGAUAUCCCCGCACUGCGAAUGUUGUAUUUAUGAUUUAUGCCCUAAAGUAUUUAUGAUUUAUGCUUUAUGCUUUAUGUUCUUUUAAAAAGUAACAGCAGCACUUUUAGCCCUAAAGUAUUUAUGGAGAUUUCUUAGGCAGUGGUGAUAGUAAUUGUGGGAGCCUCUGUGUCAUCUGCUGUCUUUGAUUAUUUGUUAAUUGCAUCCACCAUUUUUUAUGCAUUGUGGUGCACAAUCCUGAGAAAGAGAAUGAGUUUUGUCUCAACUUGAGGCCGUUGCUUUUUGCAAUAUUGAAGUUUUUCAAUAGAAAUCACGUUAGCCAUGGUAGCAGUCUGCUAAAAGAGAGGGGACUCUUCAAAUAGUUUUGAGUGUUUUUAUUCCUGUAUGAACCAUUGAUCGAGUGAACUCUUAUGUAUACAAUUGCAGUAUAUUUUGCAUUGUCUUAUUGACUGCAAUUACACGAAUAAUUUUUUAUGUGAAAAUAUAAGAAUUGAUUAUGUUGUA